GCAAAGGGACACCAUGGCAAUCGCUAAUAAAUCAAUAUAAGGGUUAGAUCCUAUUUUGAUAACUAUUUUGUACUGGCCAAACUGUUUAAUUUCUGGAGAAUUUCUGCAGGCUUUGUAUUUUAACUUUUUAGACGGUCAAAAGAGACUUAUGAAGUAUUUCUGUGAAGAUCUGAGAUAUUUUGGGACUCUUGGAACAGUCAGGAUAUCUCUUGAUUGAACAAGAAGAAGAAGCUUAACUAAAGGAAGAGAAUGAUCAGUCUGCUUUCUGUUGGGAAUUUUCAAGACAAAAGCAUCGGGAGAAAAACCAGCUCUUGGACAUCUGAACUAACACUGGAUAUCUGAACUUUCUUUUGGAGAACAGAUUACUUUAAUUAUAUCUCCCAAGUGCAUUUGCUUAUAACAUUUCUAUGACAGAAGAAGCUUAUUCUAUCAGCUGAACUCUUGGUUUCCAAAAAUCCAGAUUUAGAUUAUUAGUUAUAUUGUAGCACAGCAGAAAGAAGAUGUCUGACAUGUUUGAUGUCCCACGUGCGUGCUCAGACAGUAUAUCCAGCACAGCGUCACUGUCAACUUUACGGCUGAUGCUUCGCCAGCGGCUCUCCCAGCUGCUCACCUGUGUGGAAGAUCUCAGUUCAGAUGAUGAAGUCAAUGAGGAAGUGUCCCGCACGCUGGACGAAGCCUUCCAGCUCUGUGGAAGAUACACCAACAAAGAGUCCUUCAGGCUGCACAUGGUCACAUGGAAUGUUGGUACAGCGGAGCCACCAGCCGAUGUGAGUUCAUUACUGCAGCUUGACUCGCAGCCGGCCACUGACCUCUAUGUUAUUGGUCUACAGGAAGUGAAUUCCACUCCGGUGAGGUAUAUCUCUGAUCUCAUUGCAGAAGACUCAUGGAGUCACCUUCUUAUGGAUACCCUUGCACCAAAGGGUUACAUAAAGGUGACCUCAGUGAGAAUGCAGGGUUUGCUGCUGAUAUUGUUUGCAAAGCAGGUCCACCUCCCCUUCAUUAGAGACAUCCAAAGUACUUACACCCGCACAGGCCUGUUUGGAUACUGGGGAAAUAAAGGUGGUGUGUCUGUGCGUUUCUCGUUCUAUGGUCACAUGUUGUGUUUUCUGAACUGUCACCUGGCGGCUCAUAUGAACUAUGCCCUACAACGUAUGGAUGAGUUUGAAUAUAUACUGGACACACAAGACUUCGAUAUGUACAACACGCCAUAUGUGCUUGACCACAAGGUGGUCUUCUGGUUUGGUGACCUGAACUUCCGAAUUGCUGACCAUGGGAUGCACUUCCUCCGCUCCUCAAUCAACAAUAACCGAUUUAACCUGUUGUGGAACAAAGAUCAGUUGACCAUGUUGAAGAAGAAUGAACCUAUUCUUCAAGAGUUUGAAGAGGGGCCUUUGCAAUUCAAACCCACAUAUAAAUUUGACCGCUUCUCUGAGACAUAUGACACGAGAGCACCGAAGACAUGGUUGGGCUUUGCUGGUAAAAAGCGGAAGCCUGCCUGGACGGAUCGGAUCUUGUGGAGGAUAAAGACCAAAGCUUCGGACAGUGAGGAUGAGAGUGGGUCAACAACAUCAUCCGCUGAUGAUGAUGAGUACCCAGUUAAGGUGACGCAAGACAUGUACACCUGUGAUGUCUCUUACGGGGUCAGUGACCACAAACCCGUCAUUGGGACUUUUAAUCUGGAGAUAAGGAAGAAGGUGGAGACCGCUCUGGUAAGACUGACUGCAGAGGGUUGCUGGAGUGCUGAUGAAGAUGCCUUACUCACCUACACCAUCCUGGAGACCUUUGAGUCCUCCACCUGGGAUUGGAUUGGCCUGUACAAGAUCGGCUUCAAAAGUGCCUCCGAUUACAUCACCUUCGCCUGGGUCAAAGAUGAUGAAGUGGCUGCCAACGGAGAAGUUGUAAUGGUCACUGUAAGUAAGGAUGAGCUCCCCCUACUGGCAGGUGAAUAUGUAGUUGGCUACUACAGCAGCAACAUGCGGACCAUCAUUGCCUUUAGUCCGACUUUCCAGAUUCUAGAGUCCAAACGGGCCGUAAUGGAAGGUCUGAUUCCCGAGAACAUCAACGGACAUGAGAAGUAACAGGAAUCUUUGCUAACCUGCUGUGCAAGUGCUCAACCAACCAUUACAGAAGAGAUCUGAUCUAGGGUCAGUUUUCUCCCUGUGUAAACUGACUUUGUUCAGUAUGGUUUUAAAAGGUCAAAUUCAUUCUGAAACACCUGUCUGAUAUAAUGAGUGUAAAUCUCAGGCUUUAAUAUUUCCCAAACCACAGUUAAGUCACUGAACAUACCGCCACCUCUCUGUGCCUGUCCUCAAAAGUUUGAACUCUUGAACUCUCUGAAUCUGUUGUAAACUCUUGUAAACACACUGAACACAUUUCACUGUACCAAUGGGUCUUGUAAUACCUGCACCUGCCACUAGAGGGACAUCUAUUAAAAAACAAAUAAUAAAGAAAAUGACAGAGGUAAAUGAUUCUAAACACAAUUUGAUCUGCAUAAUACCUGGUAAGAGAUUGCCAAAGUAAGUCUAAUUAGUCUGUUAAGUGUCUCCAUACAAGAAUAGGCAUUUAUCUAUGGCAGAAAUUGUGUGAAUGUCAGUUAGUUGUACAAGAGUACACUUUGAUGUAAACAUUAUAGUUUGGUUAAUAUGCUCCACUGACUCAUAUCCAUUACAAAAAGGUAGAAAAGACAUAAAUGCUGUUACCUCUGUUUUACUUGAUAAAGAUGAAGUUCACGUGACUGCUCGAUGUUGUCCUUGAAGCAGCAAUAACCUCAACUUAUGACACCUCUGUUAUAAUGUUCUAAAUGACCUCUUGAAAAAUAAGAUUUUGAUUUUCUACCAAUUGUAUCCUACAUUAUAUCUUAAAUGUAUGAAUUUUACAUUUACUUUCAAUCUUAAAGAGUUACUUCUUCUGUUACUUAUUUCAUAGUUUCCCAUUGGUGCUGUGAGCAGAACUUGCAUUAUAUAUUUUGUGUCUUUAACUCUCAGUGCCUGUGUGUGUGUGUCUUAUGUCAGCAAGAGUUACUUUAUCUUCUUAUUGACAACAUUUCCAUUUGUUUCCUGCACCAAAAACCUUGAGUAUUCUUCAAAAAUCUCCUUCUGUAUGAACAUAUCACUUCUUAACUUUCUCCUUAUAAGUAGUGUAACUGUAUUCUCGGAAGUGUAACAAGAUGAAUCAAACCCUCAUGAUUUACAUUAAAUGUAAUAAAAUAUAUUUCUAUAGUCAAGCAAAUGAACACAUGAAUUUUGAUUUAUUUUUUUUAUUUAA